AUGGGAAGGACUAAAGUAGAGAUUAAGAAAAUAGAAAAUCAAACAAAUAGGCAAGUCACCUUCUCAAAAAGAAGAAAUGGAAUCAUUAAGAAAUCUUAUGAGCUUUCUACUCUUUGUGAUGUUGAUGUUGCUGUCCUCAUGUUUUCGCCUUCUGGGAGACUCAGUCUCUUCUCUGCCAAGAAAAGGAUUGAGGAUAUUCUAUGGCGCUUUGUUAAUCUCCCGGUGCAUGAGAGGGGACAGCUGAAAAAUCAUGAGUUUCUCCUACGAAUCCUCGAAAAUUUGGAGCACGAGGAAGAAUUACUCUCCCAAGCAUCAAGUAUCACCAACAGUCCUGCGAACGACCAACCAGAGAUAGUUGAGUAUCUUCAACAUGAAAUACAAAGAAGCCAAUAUCAAAUAAAAGACCUCGAGAAACAACUUAGGGUUUUUGAAGGGAAUCCGACUGAAAUCACGUCCUUACUCGAGGCCGAGUAUCAUGAACAAGUAUUAGAAGAUGCCUUGGAACGUAUCUGUCUGCAAAAGGAAGCUUUGCAAAAUAAGUUUUCAACUGGAUAUAUAGAGUCAAGAAUUGAUCAGGUUUAUCCAGAACCAGAGAGUAGAACUUUGAUCACUAGGUUGAUGACUGGCAAUAAUAACGUUACAAAUAGCAACAACAUAUUUGACGAUGAAUGAGGGGUUUCAGCUUCAAAUCAAAAUGAUAAGCAAAGAGACUCAAAUAUCCAGAUUCUAAAUUUCUUGAACUCAAAUGGGCUUUUACCCGUAAGGUCAGCAUACCUAGUAUCUAUGCCAACAGAUCAACACUCGAGAUAAGUUUUUGU